AUGUCUUUCACGGCCCUUGUUCAAAAAAGGCUCCUACUUUCAGAUGAGGCCUCCACUUCCACUCCAGACCAUGUAGACGCAAGCCUCUUUGUCGACAACCAGGCCUCGCUAGUGGCACUUGCUACGCAACACGACCUCCGGCUCUUCAGUGGCGGCGUGGCUAGAAAUCCGUCAGGUUUGGUGGUCAGGGUUGCACGGGGAGCCACGAACGUGGUAAACGUUUCUCGGUUGGCUGUGCCGCUCGGAGAGGGUCCUGCUCAGGAUCCGGACGAUCCUUCGACUGCCGCAGGCUGGCUCCCUGGGCAAAAGGUUGCUGCAAAACAUUUGUUGCGGGGCAAUGGUGUAGAAUUUUCCAAGAAGUUGGGCUCAAUGGCAAAAGAGAUACGCAUCCUUGGACAAGAAAAGCUCCGUCGUCACGACAACCUUGUCAACUUGAUUGGCAUUGAUUGGGAAGGGACUCACACGGAUGAUCCCGAAAGCAAGACUCGAUGGCCUCUCUUAUUGAUGGAGUAUGCUGACUGUGGUUCGCUUACCGAUUUCUUUACCCUCGACAUCGAUCUCAACUGGAACACCAAGCGUGAUAUUGCAUAUGAUGUCGCAUCAGGCCUAGAGGCCUUGGAUGACGCUGGUGUGACACAUGGGGACCUUACCUUCUCCAAUGUUUUGAUAUUUCGAUUGGGGGAAAUCACCUUUCGAGCGAAAUUGUGCGACUUCGGCUUCGCAAUGAUUAACACGGACUAUGACGAUUACGCCGUCCGACAACCAGGAUUCACCCCUCCUUGGGACGCACCAGAAUCUUCUCAAAGCAUUGACCUAGACAACUUGUACAAGGUCGAUAUUUACGGCUACGGCCUCCUCGUCUCGCGAGUGUUCCUCCACGGCGGAGAUCCGUUUGAAUUCAGGUUUCAAUCUGACAGAGUUCGCGAGGCAAACUCCAAAGCUGCCUGCAUCAAAAUCUGGAAGACCACUGACAUUGUCGUCGACAUUGCGAAGGAUGCGGUCCGGCAUUAUCCAGGUCUCGAGUAUACUAAGAAUCAACUCAGGGUACUAGAUGACAUUUUUGACCUCACCCUCAGGACUCAUCCUGAACUCCGUGCUCGGGAAUAUGCAGAGAUCAAGAUAUUGCUGAAACCAGAGCUCGCAGAUGAAUACUCUCGCCAAAGAGAGCACUUCACUUGGGAGACGAUUUCUUCAGAGACUGUCGAGCCUUUAUUUUCAGGGCUUCCGAUCAAUAAAAUCCCGGAGAUUGAGAAAUGUUGGUCUCAGCUUCUACCGCGAAACAUCUCGUGCGAAAUGGUCAACGACUUACAUCGCAUGUCUUCUACUGGAAUGUCGAGGGCGACACCAGAUCCCGACAGUCAGGCUGCCGCCGCCGCCGCCGCAUAUCAAUUGGCACUCUGUUACAUUCAGGGUCUUGGUUGCGACACGUCUUAUUCCGAAGCGUUUAAGUGGCUCGACUUUAGUGCUCGCACCGGCGAUCCCAGGGCAAGACGAGAUUUAUAUCGCCUCUCUGCAGCAAUGUGUGUUCCGAUUCCUGCGGACUUAAUGGAAAUGGUGCGAGAAUGGACUUUGAGCAACGCGAUUCUAGGAAUAGAGCAAUCUUACGAAGACCUUCUGGUCCUGAACGCAGAAUUGGCUCCGUCAGUAGAUCAGCAAGCUCGAAAAAUCUAUGGAGGGCUAGGCAUUGACAUCUUUACACCGGAAAUCCGGGAGUCAUAUUGUCUAGACGAUCCAGAGACGUUCGUUUCUCUCAUCAACUCGGCGAAUGAGUUGAUUCCCUUCGAAGACAUCGUAUCAGGGACCUACGCAACGCAGUAG